ACAUGUUAGCUGUAAUCUGCACAAUAGAAUAAGACUAUUGCAGACAUAUGGGGGAGUCUCUCUGAAAGCUUCUUCUUGACGGAGGAUCCCGGUUUUAUUCAUAUCUCAUAGGCUUCCUGAGAACAUACAGCGUGAGGACGAGGCUUUAUUAUUUAUAGAUGUGAACCGUACUUGAGUCCUGGAUUGCUUGUCUUGGGGUGUGGAAGAGAAAGAGAAAAGUGUCGGGUCGCCUCGCCAUCUGAAUCUUGAAUCGACAGAAAAAUGGAGGGGAACCUUCCACCUGGAUUCAGAUUCCACCCGACCGAUGAGGAGCUCAUCACUUGUUAUCUCACUUGCAAGGUCUCCGACAUCGGCUUUACAUCAAAAGCCAUCGCCGACGUCGAUCUCAACAAGUGCGAACCUUGGGAUCUUCCAGGCAAGGCAUCGAUGGGGGAGAAAGAAUGGUAUUUCUUCAGCUUGAGGGAUCGGAAAUACCCGACCGGACUCCGGACGAACCGAGCGACGGAGGCGGGGUAUUGGAAAACCACCGGGAAGGACAAGGAGAUAUUCCGUGGAGGUAUCUUGGUAGGGAUGAAGAAAACCCUAGUCUUUUACAAGGGAAGAGCUCCGAGGGGUGAGAAGAGCAACUGGGUCAUGCACGAAUAUAGGCUAGAGAAUAAGCAUCCUUUUAAAUCCACCAAGGAAGAAUGGGUGGUAUGUAGGGUGUUCCAGAAGACGGCCGUGAAGAAGCCACAGCCGGCACUGUCCUCCGAGCAAUCUCCAGACUCUCCUGGCGACACAAACUCAGCACUUCAUGACCAGUACGGAGACAUCGAAUUGUCAAAUAGUUUAACCGGCAUGCCUAAUAAUGCAUCAAGCGGAUUCGCCGACAUUAAUUUAGCUCAAAACUACAGUAAUCAUAGUGAUAGUACUGCCUAUAACAUGCAAAGCAAUCCCCACAUGAACAUGAUGAACAACUGGCCCUCGUCGGCGAGAGAAACAAUCGCCGGCCUACCGUCUCUCCCAUGGCCCUCAACCUUGCUGAGCUCGAAUUUAGCUGUGAAUGCGCUCCUCCUCAAGGCACUUCAGGUGAGGAACAACGGCAACUACAGUCACCAGCCAAGAGAUCAAGCAGCAACGUUGUUAGGCACUUAUGACUACUCUAACCAUCUUCAGCCACAGCAACAAGCACAAGGAGCUUCUCAUCAUCAUCAUAAUCUGUUCGGGAUGAACGACUUAACAUCUUCGACGAGCUUCAAUGUGUCUUCGAGCUCGAAGGAUUUGGAAUCGUCCGUGCCGGAUCACCAACAGCCGGAGCAACCAUUCAGUUGGACUCCAUUAAGGGAAGGGAUUUGAAAACCUGUGAAAAUAGCUAACUUCGUUUCAAAGACAUUACAGUCGUGUCGAAUGUUCUCAACUGUGUAAUAGCUAGAAAAGCUUAGACCAUCUUUUGUUUGUCCAACGUUGAUCAUCGCUAUCUUAGGUUAAUAUGCAUGUAAAGUUCAUAUCACGUAGUCUUCAAAUCUCCCUGCACUUCAUCUUUAAUGUCCAAUGUAAACUCUCUCUUUCUUUCUCUCUUAAAAUAAAAUAUGCAUAUCUGUCCAGUAA